CACUCGCAGCAAACUUCACGCUGCGCGCCAUCUUGUUCCCAUCCAUUGUUCGUCUGUCAUCCGACAGUUAUGAACUAUCGGUAGCUCGUGCCCAAUCCGCCCUGAACAGUGCACAUAAUCAUCGAUUGACCGAGAUCCUUCGCCGCGAGGUCGCCUGAACACCACACAGGACACAGACACGGCUCCAACAUGCGUCCUCUGCUCGCCUGCCUACCUCUGGCAUUGCUAUUUAUAGUUCCUACAAAUGCAGACACAACCGAACCGGCGACAACCAUAGCAGCGCCAACCGUCCCGCUGCUGAAGCAGAGCGACGUGCUGCCCGUGAAGGCGGAGAGCGGCGGCCCGCCGCCCGGCGCCGUGCAGUACUACGACAUCGGCCGGAACACGUCCAUGACGUGCUCCAUACCCGUCCUCAACGGACAGCAGAUCGUCUGGGAGAAAAACAACACGGAGCUCUCAAAAGUGAAAGAGAUAACAAACCGUUACAAGCUGGAGAGCGACAACGCCCGGCUGGUGAUCGCGCGCUCCAGCGAGGACGACUACGGCAACUACUCGUGCAAGUCCGGCGGCGAGCAGCUCUACUGGCAACUCAGAGCCCGCCCGUACACUAAGCUACCGAGCACCGACUCUAGCGUAGUCGAGGGGCAGAAACUGAAGCUUGUGUGCAAGAUGAUUGGGAAGCCGACCCUGCCUGUCAAGUGGUUCUACAAUAAGGACCAUACGUCGUAUGAUGAGGAGAUUGUCAAGGACUUGCAGUUGGGUGUUGAGUUGGAGGAAGGCGGCCGUAUCAAGUUCGAAGUCAGCGACGCCGGCAUCGAGAACGGUCAGCUGGUGAUCGAAUCUGCCGAGCGUAGUGACGCCGGCGCGUACGCCUGCAUCCCGGACUUUAGCGAGACCGGCAACCAGACCCAGUCUCCCCAUCUACCCGCCGUCACCGUGCUGAGGGUCAAGGACAUGUACGCCGCGCUGUGGCCGUUCCUGGGCAUCUGCGCCGAGGUGCUGAUCCUGUGCGCCAUCAUCCUCGUGUACGAGAAGCGUCGCACCAAGCCCGAGCUGGACGACUCGGACACCGACAACCACGACCAGUAAGUGAUAU